AUGGCACCAACCAAUACCCUAAAACGCAAGGAAUCUCUGGUGAGCACCCAUGAAGCUCCUGCGCCGCUUGCCAAGGGCAAGAUGUUGGCUCGCCGUGAAACAGCCACAUAUCACGAGUACGCACCCUCCGAGAAAGGCUCACGCCACACCAUAACCCCAUUAUUCGAGGCGAAGCACAGGGCGUUUAAGGCUAAUUUCUUCUCGCGCAAUCCAGAGCUAUGGCCAGUAUUUGCCAAUGAAGAUGCGUUGGAGGUGAUUACAUGGAGGCAAGUGACCUUCCAAAUGGAGUAG